AUGUUCAGAAGUUUACUAGGUUUUAGAGCUGGUCUCCAGACACGCCUGUUGAUCAUGGCCCCACGGCCCACUGUCUCAUUCACGAAGCCCACGUUCUUUCUGCGCAUGCCAAUCGCUUCCAGCAUCAUCAGCCAGCAAAGUGGAUACGCUACGUUGAACCAGAUCAGGAGUGGCAGACACUGCAAACCCGUAAAGCCAUACGUUUCGAAAGCCCCCCAUUUACAGAACAACCCGUUUAAGAAGGGUGUGGUAAUCCGGGUGAUGAUCGUCAAGCCGAAGAAACCGAACUCCGCCCAGAGAAAGUGUUGCAGAGUCAGACUCACCAACGGGAAUGUUGUGUCGUGCUUGAUUCCUGGAGAAGGCCACAAUUUGCAAGAGCAUCACGUCGUUUUGGUCAGAGGUGGAAGAGUGCAGGAUCUUCCGGGUGUUAAGUAUCGUUUGGUGAGAGGCGCGUUUGAUUUGGCUGGUGUUGCCAAUAGAUCUACGUCGAGGUCGAAAUACGGUGUGAAGAAGCCCAAGGCUUAG